GUCCAUACUUCCUCUCGGCUUCGACGGUGUGUGUAUUGUGUGUAAAAACAAAAAAAGAUCAUGGGAUCGGUGGCGUCAGCGUUGUUGGGAGGAGGAGAACAGACCCCCAACGACGGCGAUACAUCAUCGGAGGAAUCACGAGUUAUCGAAUUUCAUUCUUCUAACCGCUGGCAGCUCCAUUACAAUCAGUCAAAACAAUCCCCCAAACUGAUGGUCGUAGAUUUCUCGGCGUCAUGGUGUGGACCCUGCAAGAUGUUGGAGCCCUUUAUCCGUUCUCUCGCUUCCAAAUAUCAGGAAAUCGACUUCAUCAAGAUCGAUGUCGAUGAAUUACAGGAUGUGGCACAGCUAUUUGGGGUGCAGGCAAUGCCAACAAUUGUAUUGCUAAAACAAGGAAAAGAGGUGGGAAGGGUUAUUGGUGCCAAGAAGGAUGAACUGGAGAAGAAGAUUCUUCAGAACAGGGAAGCUCCGAAAUUUGCAGCUUGA